GCCAAUUUGACCCCAACGAUAUCGAAAUUUUGCCUGUCUUCUAGUGUCAAACUUUUCCGCGCCUUUCCCAGACUUGAAAGACUCGCUCUUGCGCUAUGUCUACCAUCUUUUCAACUCGAGAAAAUAACAAACAGCCCCAUUAAUUUGACUUUUCCAAUAAUUAUGCCUCCAAAACGUUUUGACGCAGAAGACUCGCCAGAAUCGUGCACCAUGGAAGCCUUGAUUCCUGUGAUCAACAAACUGCAGGAUGUUUUCCACACCGUUGGAGCCGACUCGAUCCAGCUGCCCCAAAUCGCCGUCGUCGGUACACAGAGCUCGGGUAAAAGCUCCGUCAUUGAAAGCCUGGUCGGAAGAUCAUUUCUGCCGAGAGGAACUGGAAUUGUCACCCGCCGACCUUUGAUUUUACAGCUGGUAUACACCCCUAAAGAUGACAUGUCUUACAGAUCAAAAGAAGAGGGAACUCUGUCCAUCCAAGAGUGGGGCAAGUUCCUCCACACAAAGGACAAGGUCUACACCGAUUUUGAGGAAAUCAGAAAGGAGAUUGAGAAUGAAACUGACCGCAUCGCUGGUACGAAGAAAGGAAUCGCUGCGGACCCGAUCAGAUUGAAGAUUUACUCGGACAAGGUCGUCAACUUGACCCUGGUUGACCUGCCGGGACUGACUAAAGUGCCUGUCGGGGAUCAGCCCGAGGACAUCGAGUCGCAGAUCAAGGACCUGGUUCUGCAGAUGAUCGCAAACCCUAAUUCGAUCAUCCUCGCGGUCGCCACGGCCAACACAGAUAUAGCCACGGCCGAAAGCGUGAAACUGGCUAGGGAGGUAGACCCUGACGGCAGGCGCACCUUGGCUGUCUUGACCAAGCUGGACUUGAUGGACGCAGGAACGGACGCCAUCGACAUCUUGUGCGGCAGAGUGAUCCCGGUGAAACUUGGAAUCAUUGGCGUGGUCAACCGCUCGCAGCAGGACAUCAUGAACAACAAACCCAUUGGCGAUGCGCUGAAGGACGAAGCAUCAUUUCUGCAGAGAAAAUACCCCACUUUGGCCAAUAGAAACGGAACUCCGUACUUGGCCAAAACGCUGAACCGCCUUCUCAUGCACUACAUCAGAGACUGUCUUCCCGACCUCAAGGCGAGGGUGAACAGCAUGGUGUCGCAAGUGCAGAGCGUGCUCAACUCCUACGGCGAGGACGUGGCUGACAAGAGCCAAACCCUGCUGCAAAUUAUCACCAAAUUCGCAGCCGCCUACUGCUCGACCAUCGAUGGAACCUCCAGGAACAUCGAGACUACAGAAUUAUGUGGUGGUGCCAGAAUUUGCUACAUUUUCCAUGAAACUUUCGGCCGCACGCUUGACUCAAUCCACCCGCUCACUGGACUGACGAAAAUGGACAUUCUGACCGCAAUCCACAACGCAACUGGACCCAGACCUGCUCUCUUUGUGCCUGAGGUUUCGUUCGAGCUGCUGGUCAAACGUCAAAUUCGGCGCCUCGAGGAUCCGUCCUUGCGGUGCGUGGAGCUAGUGCACGAGGAGAUGCAACGCAUCAUCCAGCACUGCGGUAACGAAGUUCAGCAAGAGAUGCUAAGGUUCCCCAAGUUGUACGAGAAGAUCGUCGACGUCGUCACUCAUCUGUUGCGAAGGAGACUUCCGGCCACAAACACCAUGAUUGAGAACAUUGUAGCCAUAGAGAGCGCGUACAUCAACACGAAGCACCCAGAUUUCCAUCAAGACGCUGCACUGGUGACGUCUCUUCUAAAAAAUUCAGCAGAUGAAAGAGGCUUCGGACGUCCAGCAAACCGGAGGAGCGUGUCUCGCGGCCUGACCGUGGUGCCUGCUGGCGCAGAAGCUCCAAAGAACGCGGUCAAGGCGAAUGGCGAUCUGAACGACACCGGUUUGGCGCGAAUCUUGGAGGGAGAGUCGAACGAAACGUCUCCUGCCAACCAGAUUGUGGACAUGAGGCAGCUGCUGACGCCUCAGAAAGCGGUCAAUCUGUUGCCCGAAGUGCCGUCGCAGACCAGCAGCCGCAAGCUGUCUGACAGGGAACAGAGGGACUGCGACGUUAUCGAACACCUUAUCAAAUCAUAUUUCUACAUCGUGCGCAAGUCGAUCCAGGACAGCGUGCCAAAGGCUGUCAUGUUCUUCCUUGUCAACUACGUCAAGGACAAUUUACAGUCAGAGCUGGUAGCUCAUUUGUACAAGUCUGACCACGCCGAGAAUUUGCUGAACGAGUCGGCGCACAUCGCUCGCCAACGCAGGGAGGCUGCAGACAUGCUCAAGGCGCUUCAAAAGGCGAGCCUUAUCUUGAGCGAGAUCAGAGAGACUCAUAUGUGGUAAUCGGCGCAAAAUAAUUUGUGUUAGCCUUUUUUAGAAUAAAUGAAUCAGUUAUGUGACGUCUAUAGCACA